UUUACCAUCUCACUCAACUCAUUUUCUUUCUCUCUCGUCGUUUCAUUCCGCUGAUGAUCUUCAGCCUUUUCUUUAUUAUGGAGAAAUCACGAAAUCAUACUAUUGUUUCAUUCAUACUAUUGAUUGUUUCUAAUUGAAACACAGAAAUCACGAAACAAUGGAGAAAUCUUUGGCCACCUAUAUUGUGACCGUUGUUUUCUUGCUCUUUUCCGGCGUUAUUCAAGUAAGAUCCGAUGCAUCCGAUCACCGCUAUAAAGCUGGAGAACAAGUUCCUCUUUACGCCAAUAAAGUUGGUCCUUUCCAUAAUCCUAGUGAAACAUAUCAGUAUUUUGAUCUGCCAUUCUGCUCCCCUGAUCAUGUCAAGGAAAAGAGAGAAGCGCUUGGUGAAGUACUAAAUGGAGACCGUCUAGUCAGUGCACCCUACAAACUUGACUUCCUAGUGGAUAAGGACUCAGAAGUCAUUUGCAAGAAAAAGAUGGAAAAGGAAGAAGUUGCUAAGUUCCGAGAUGCCGUUGCCAAAGAUUAUUACUUUCAGAUGUACUAUGAUGACUUGCCAAUCUGGGGUUUUCUAGGCAAAGUCGACAAGGAAGGAAAACUAGACCCAAGCGAGUACAAGUAUUAUUUAUGUAAGCAUAUCCAUUUUGACAUCUUCUAUAACAAAGACCGUGUUAUUGAAAUCAAUGUUCGGACUGAUCCCAACUCUUUGGUGGAUAUUUCUGAGGACAAAGAGGUGAUUGUAGAAUUCAUGUAUACUGUGAAGUGGAAAGAGACAAAUACUCCUUUUGAUAAGAGAAUGGAUAAAUACUCGCAAUCUUCCUCUCUUCCUCAUCAUUUGGAGAUCCAUUGGUUCUCUAUCAUAAAUUCAUGUGUCACAGUGCUUCUCCUGACUGGAUUUCUUGCCACGAUUCUUAUGCGAGUCCUCAAGAAUGAUUUUGUCAAGUAUGCACAUGAUGAAGAAACCGCAGAAGACCAGGAAGAAACUGGAUGGAAAUACAUUCAUGGAGAUGUUUUCAGGUUUCCCAAGUACAAGUCGGUGCUGGCAGCUGCUCUUGGAUCUGGUACUCAGCUAUUUACUCUUACGGUUUUCAUAUUCCUACUUGCAUUAGUUGGAGUGUUCUAUCCAUACAACCGAGGAGCCUUGUUCACAGCCCUGGUUGUCAUUUAUGCUCUUACAUCUGGCAUUGCCGGCUAUACUGCAACCUCCUUCUACUGCCAGCUGGAAGGAACAAAUUGGAUUAGGAAUCUGUUAUUGACUGGUUGCCUAUUCUGUGGUCCAUUGUUUCUCACAUUUUGCUUCCUCAACACUGUUGCAAUAGUAUACCAUGCCACAGCUGCCCUUCCGUUCGGCACGAUAAUGGUGAUACUUCUUAUUUGGACACUCGUAACUUCACCAUUGCUUGUAUUAGGUGGAAUUGCCGGAAAGAAUAGCAAGGUUGAGUUUCAAGCUCCAUGCCGCACAACCAAGUAUCCCAGGGAAAUUCCACCACUACCAUUGUACCGGGGAACUCUUCCCCAGAUGGCAAUGGCUGGAUUUUUACCAUUCAGUGCGAUUUAUAUAGAGCUCUACUACAUCUUUGCCAGUGUUUGGGGCCACAGGAUUUACACAAUAUAUAGCAUUUUGUUCAUAGUCUUCAUUAUUUUGAUUAUCGUCACCGCUUUCAUCACUGUGGCUUUGACGUACUUCCAACUUGCUGCUGAAGAUCACGAGUGGUGGUGGAGGUCCUUCUGGUGCGGUGGCUCCACCGGGUUAUUUAUAUAUGGCUAUUGCUUAUACUACUACUAUGCGCGCUCUGAUAUGUCAGGCUUCAUGCAAACAUCAUUUUUCUUUGGCUACAUGGCUUGCAUUUGCUAUGGCUUCUUCCUCAUGCUUGGAACUGUUGGCUUCCGAGCUGCACUCCUUUUUGUGCGCCAUAUAUAUCGGUCGAUCAAAUGUGAGUAGAUAGUGAUGCAACUUCAGUGUAGGUGCCAGUGUUUUUUUGGCUCCGUAGGUUUAGUAGGGCGACGAUGUUCUUUGUAUUGUAACCUAUGUCUUACCUCAUUUUUGAUAGUUUGUAAUCUAAUAGAGAGAUUUGCCUCUUUUUACCAUUUUUCUUUGUGCAUUUUUUUUAUCUACACAAUUUAUCCUUCUCCAACAAAGAAGCCACACAUUUUAUUAGAGGAAAAAGAUGGGUAUAGAUAUCUAUCACUUUUGUAAUAUUUUUAAAUUUCAUGAAAAGAAAAACUAAAUAAAUUUAGUGGUACUUUAGA